GGUCGUGAGACACCCCCCCCCCUCCACCACUCUGUACCGUACCCUGUCCUUCCCUAAUAUUAAACAGACCGCAACCGCUGCAUUAUCACAACCCCGCCAAAAUGCAGAACAAGACGCUCAUCUUCAAGAAGAUCCCGACCGCGCUCCCUGUCCCGGGUGAGCACCUCGUGAUCGAGGACCGCGGGUUCGACCCCGCGGCGGCUCCCCCGAAGGGCGGCGUGACUCUCGAGAUCCUCUAUGUCUCCUUCGACCCCUACCAGCGCGGGCGCAUGCGGGAGGGCAACAUCAAGUCCUACGCGCCGGCGUUCGAGCUCGGCGGGCCCAUCACCAACGGCGCGAUCGCACGGGUGCUCAAGUCCGACACGGACGCCUACAAGGCCGGCGACAUCGUGCUCGGCCACCUGCCCACGGCCGAGUACGCCGUGCUCGACCAGGCCGGGCUCAAGGCGAUCCAGAAAAAGGUGGACAACCCGCACGGGCUGCCGCUCGGCCUGUUCCUGGGCGCCCUCGGCAUGCCCGGCCUGACCGGCUGGAGCUCGCUCCACGAGAUCGGCCAGCCCAAGAAGGGCGAGACCAUCUUCAUCAGCAGCGCCGCCGGCGCCGUCGGCCAGGUCGUCGGCCAGAUCGCCAAGCGGGAGGGGCUCAAGGUCAUCGGCAGCGUCGGCAGCGACGACAAGCUCGACUUCAUCAUCAACGAGCUCGGCUUCGACGGCGGCUUCAACUACAAGAAGGAGCGCACCAGCGACGCCCUCAAGCGGCUGGCCCCCGAGGGGCUGGAUAUCUACUACGAAAAUGUCGGCGGCGAGCAGCUGGCCGAUGCCCUCGACGCCAUGAAGGACUUUGGCAGGAUCGUAGCUUGCGGCAUGAUCUCGCAGUACAACCUCCCUCGGGAGAAGCAGUAUGGUGUCAAGAACCUCAUCCACAUUGUGGCGAAGCGCCUCACGAUGCGCGGCUUCAUCGUCGGCGACCCCGGAUUCGCGGACAAAUACGUAAAGGAGCACCAAGAAAAGAUGCAGCAGUGGCUGGCUGAGGGCAGCGUCAAGGCAAAGCUCCACGUCGUCGAGGGCAUUGACAACGCGGCCGAGGGCCUGGUCAGCAUCUUCGAGGGCAAGAACUUUGGCAAGGCGGUCCUCAAGGUCAAGGACGAGUGAGACCUGGGUGUUAUUAGAUAAUAUAUAAUAACCACACAAUCGCAUAAAUUAAUGAGUUGAUCAUCUGUUCCCGGGGUCCUGCCUGGAAGUCUCAGACAGAGAGACGCGAGAUCAAAGUAUCACCACCUACAUAAGCGUCAUUUUAUUAUGAGUUGUAACAAAA